CCUUCGGGCACAAGACUGAUGACGUGGUUGGUUCGGUUUGUUCACCAGAGUAGCAGGAUGGCCGACCAGAGUAGGCAAAUAAAACUCGCUGCAGCUAAAAAGAAGCUGAAGGAGUUUCAACAGAAGAGCUCUCCUGCUCCUGGAGGAGGGGAAAAGGGAGGUGGAGGUGGUGGUGGUGGUGGAGCAGGGGCCAAGAAAAAAAGGAAAAUGAAGGGCCAAGCUGACGCACCUUCAGCAGACAGAGACUCUCCUGACACAUUUGACAGUUUUCUGAAAGCUCUUAGUCAAAGCAAUGGAGUAGUCCUCUCACCUAAUGGCAACUGUCAGACGCCCGCUGCCAUAGAGCCUGCCAGGUUUCCAAGUCCCCAGUUUUUGGAGGAGCCAAACAGCGAGCCUGAGCAUGGCGCUCCUGUGUUAAAGCCCGCUGUUGCUAACCCCGCUACUAACCCCAAGUCUGACAGUCACAUCACUGACCUGCAGGAGUAUCCUGAUACCAACUGCAACGAGAGUCUACAGGAGGAAAACAGGCCGCUGUCUUCCACAGAGAGCCUACGGCAGCUCUCACAGCAACUGAAUGGUCUCCUCUCUGAGUCAUCUGCUGCGUAUGUGAACGGGGAGACCGCACCUCCCGUCAGUGAAAAGGAACUGGAGAGUCGGAACCAGGAGCUUGCGGCUGCCCUGGAGUCCAGCAAGUUAACAAACUCUCAGCUCAAUACCAAGCUAGACCAGCUGGCACAACAAACGCAGGAACUCACAGAUCAACUUCAAAAGGAGCGAAAAGAAUUUGAACAGAGGUUUUCUAAAGAGCAGGGAGCCAUUCGGGAACAGUUACAGGUUCAUAUCCAGACUAUUGGUAUUCUAGUAUCUGAGAAGUCAGAGCUGCAAACGGCACUACAAUACACACAACAAGCGGCACGACAGAAAACAGUUGAAGCAGAGGAGCUGAAUAACCGUCUGCAGGCGACGAAGCAGAGAGUGUCAGAGCUGGAGCGGACCCUUUCUUCUGUCUCCACUCAGCAGAAGCAGUUUGAAAAGUCCCUAAAAGAAGUGGAAAAGGAAAGGGACGGCCUCCGACUUGAAGUUUUAAGAUUAAACAACUUGAGUGAAGAGUCAAAACAGCAGAGCUCAGAGCUGUCGGAGCAACUGAAGCUGAGUAAUCAGGAUAAUGCUGCAAUCAAGCUGGAGGUGGAGGACCUUCGCAAGAGGCUGGAGAUUUCUGAUCUCAUGUUGCAACAGUGUUCAAACCAGUCAGAUCCCACUAUUGCCAACCAACAAGUUCAUUUACUGCUGGAAGAGAAGCAACAACUGGAGGCUGUAAAUCACCAGCUGAUGGAGUCCGUCUCCCAGCUGAAGACGGAGAGAGACUGUUAUGCUGAACAGAUCCAGAAGGAGGGUCUCCUAUGGAAGGACAAAACGGAGCAGCUGCUAACGCAGGUGACUUUGGUGGCAGAGGAGAGGGAUAAAAACAUCAACCGAGUGCUAGAGCUGGAGGCUAGCAUUGCGGAGCUAAAAAAUGCUGCAGCCUUGUUAUCUGCAGAGAAAGAAACACGAGAUCAUCCAGAGCCUCCGACGUCCGGGCCGUCCGAGCAGGAGGUGGCUCUGCAGGAGGCCCUCAGCAACUUACAAGAAGAGAAAGAAGCUAUUGCUGCACAGUAUCAGGCACAGCUGCGAGAUAACGAGCAGCUGAGUCGUCUGUGUGCCGAGCAGGAGGCACGUCUGGGGGAGUUGGAGCGGCAGGUUGAGAGCCAAGCCCACGAGGAGGAGGACCGCCGACGCAUGUUGGAGGAUGUUCAGUCGGACAAAGCCACCAUCAGUCGCGCUCUCACCCAGAACCGCACGCUGAAGGAUCAGCUGGCUGAGCUGCAGAACGGAUUUGUCAAGCUGACAAAUGAGAACAUGGAGCUCACCACUGCCAUCCAGUCAGAACAUCAUGUAAAGAAGGAGUUGGCCCGCAGAAUGGGAGAGCUGCAGGAGGAGCUGCACAAUGUGAAAGAGCAGAUGGAGCUGAAAUGUCAGGAGGUCCAAGGUGCAGUGGAGCAAAGAGACCAGGUGGUAGCCCACCUGCAGCAGUACUCUGCUGCCUACCAGACACUGGUCUCUGAGCGGGAGCAGCUCCACAAACUGUAUCUGCAGCAGUGCCAGCUCCUGGACCGGCUGCAGCAUGACGAAAGCCAGGGGCGUACACAGCUGGAGAUCAGUCACAGUCAGCUCAAGCAAGCACAGGAGCAUUUGGAAAAGCUAGUCAGAGACAAUGAGGAGUUGAAGGCUGAGGUGAUGGAGCUCCUCAACAGCUCAGCUCUCAUGUCAUCAUCUAGAGACCAGGGAGAUGGAAUCGAAAGUCAAUCGCUGCAAGAGAACCCGGAAGAGUCACCCUCCAUAGUUAUUCCAGAAGACUUUGAAAGCGGAAAAGAGAUGGAGGAUUUCAUCCAUGGUGCUUUGGCACAGUUGAAAGCAGAGAGGGAUGAGGCCAGGAGGCAGCUGGAGGAGGAGCACAGGCUCCACAUGGCAGCCAGACAGCAGGCCGCUGUGGCUGUCAGACUGGAGCAGCAGCAUCACAGCCACAGUGCCGCUCAUCAACAUGAGCACAGCAGCAGCCAGGAACAGUGUGGUGACUGUGAUCACAAACAUGAGCAUUCAGAAGGUGGAGUGCCGGUAGAAAUACAUCAGGCCCUGCAAACUGCGAUGGAGAAACUCCAGCAGCGGUUUAUGUCGCUCAUGCAGGAAAAAGCUGACCUGAAGGAGCGAGUGGAGGAGCUGGAGCAUCGCUGCAUCCAGUUAUCUGGAGAGACGGACACUAUAGGAGAGUACAUCGCCCUUUACCAGAGUCAGAGAGCCAUCAUGAAGCAGAAGCAUCAGGAGAAGGAGCAAUACAUCAGCAUGCUCGCCCAGGACAAGGAGGAGAUGAAGGCAAAGCUGGCGGAGCUGCAGAACCUGGUGAUGAGGCUGGUGGCUGAGAGGAACGAGUGGUACAACCGCUACACUGGAGCGGCAGCAGGCGCGGGAACAGUGAACCCCGAUCUACUGCCUGUUGGAGAGGAUCAUGCACCUUCAGAGCAGCAGUCGCGCACACACACAGAACUCAGCGGAGCAGAAGCCAUGGAGGCCGUCGCUUCUUUUGAGCGCUCUUCAGGUUUCGAAGCCUCCUCAUUGCACACCCCAUCAUCUGGACUUGUUCAGACUGAACCCAAGCCCCUGGUGCCCAAAGAGGACGGUACAGCCCAGCAAAUCAUGCAGCUCCUCCAUGAGAUCCAGAACCCCCAGGGAGCUCCCAGGUCACCCCCAUUCCUUGGCGAGAACCCUUGCAUCCCGUUCUUUUAUCGACCCGACGAACAAGACGAAGUCAAGAUACUGGUUGUUUGAGUGAGUGUGCCUGAGUGCGAGCAUGGGAGAAAGUCCACAUGUCUUGAAAUUUGGGGAAAUAUUAAACACUGCAGUUUGCUUUGUUGUUAGCUCAUUAAUAAUACUCUGAAAAUGCUGUGGCAUGUGGGGGUCAACACUGUCCUUGGAUCUCUGGGCUUGGAAUCGCCCCCAUUUAUUUAAAUGUUGCCACAUUUUCAUUGUAAAAGGACUUAGCUGCACUUUUGUUUGUUUCCUUGACAACAGUAUCCUCACAACACCCCCCCCCCCACCCCUUCUUUUUACUUUUUGUUCUUUAGCUCUAUCCACUGAUAUUCAAGUCAUAGCUCUGACUGCUGCGAUGCAAAGAAGUUGUUCAGUGGAUGGCGGCGUUGACAGCAGUCCUGUAAAUAUCAUCAGCAAUAGUUAAUGAGAAAGGAGCCUUAUUCUGGGCUUGAUUAAAGUAAAGAAACAGGAACGUGUUGACAGUGAUGUCAACUCCAGUCCAUUUUACGGACUAAAUGGCACUCAGGCCUCUUUUUUCCUCACCUCCAUUUUCAUUUUAGUCACUAUCUCAUCAGCAUUUUGCCUCUCCAAUCAUUGUUCCCUUGCUAUGUGAUAUGGCUCAGGAGAGAUAUUCCUCUUUUAUUCCCAAACCAAGUAUUUUUCUGAAAGUGAUCACUGCGCAUUUACGUUUUUUUUCCCCUAAGGAUGUGUUAACAGCUGUUUCCUCUAGGGGGCAGCAAACACCCUUUACUGAGAAAGACCAUGUGGACAUAUUUCUCCAAAUUGCACCGUCCUUUCUUUUGUUGUGUGUAGGUGUGUGUGUGUGUGUGUGUGACUGAAAUGCAAAAUAAUUUUUUUGCUUGUUAGUUGUUGGAGAAGAUGAGCGAUAUUUCCACACACAUUCGGAUCCCCCUGCCCACAUCAAUCUCUUCCUCACCCGCCUCACACGUAUGUGCAAUAAAAAGGGGGUCAUGUAUUUUAAUACCAUAUUAUUAUUAUAAUUAGCUUUCUAAAAGAAGCAGCUUUUGUACAAUUGUGUUGAAGUGAAAGUUUAGUUCAGAUUCACUGUACACAUGCCAAAAAGAGCAUCUGUCUUGAAUGUAAUAACUCUAAUAUUUAAAGUAUGUGAGCCUGAGGAGGUUUGAGAAAAGUGCAGAGAGAGGACGUCAGCUUUCGGUGGCCAUUUAUUUAUUCUAGUUGAGAAAUGAAGGUGGCAAAUAGAAGCAUUUGAGCUUCAGCAGCUGUUCUGCUGGUCCACUAACCGAUACAGAGUCAGGAAGGUGAAGGGGUUUGAGACUGGAACUGUUCAUAACAUCUCAUUGUGAUUUUUGUUGUCCAACACUGAAGACGUUUUAUUGUCGUGCAUGCAUAGAAAUCACCAAAUACAUCAGUAAAACUCAUCACUAGACUGAGAUUUAAGAUUUAAGUCAAGUUGAGGCUCUUUUUUUGGAUAAAAAAUUACAGUUUGAGUUGCAGUUUUCCAGCGUUCCCAGAAAUGUUGGAUCCGUUUUUUUUUUCUACUCGACACAUUCCUGUCCGGAUUCCUCCCCACACUUCAUUUGGCAGAAACAUGUUUCUGCAAGGGUGUAUUUUCUUUUCUUUUUUUUAGGAAUUAUCAUCUGAACUUCUAUGCACAAACAUCAGGGGCCUCGAUGUGUUUACAGGUGAACUCUAUUGGGAUCAGACAGAAAUAAAAUGACAAAAAUGAAAAAUGGGGGUUCCUGACUAUUAAUUUUUUUCUUUUAUGUCUCCAUUUGUAACUUCCUCUGUCAUUCAACUAAUCCCAAUCCCAAAAGCGCAUGAGUUUUUAAAAGCUAAAUGUUACAUUCAGAAAAUGGUUACAUUUGAAAUAAAACGUUGGAAAUUUGUGCUCCAAAUUUAGAAAUCGUUGGUUUUGACCUAAAUCAAACACUAGAAAUGAAAUCCUUGCCAUUAUACUGUUGGUUUAUUUGUAGUUGGACAUAUCAAAGAUGUCUUAAUGCACCUUUAUGACAACUGGACUGUGUUUGUCAGAUGCUUCUCAUUUGGACUGUGAUGUUUCUGCCACAGAAAGGGGGGGGGGGGUCCUGUGAAGCUUGCUGCUGAAGCUGAGGAUCCUGGUGAACCUCUCAUUGUGUGUGUGUGUGUGUGUGUUUGCUGUGAGGAGGGCAAUGAUGUGCGAGUAGGGAAAGAAGGUAAAGGAAUAUUUGUUGUGGUUUUCUCCAAAGCUUUGAUGAGAAGGAACGAGUCUGUUUUUUUUUAGCACACUUCUUCAUCAAACUGAAGUUCUUUUGGGGCAUUAUGAAGCAGAACUGAAGUGUUGCUUCCUUUAGCAUCACAGCCAGGAGUGACGUCCGUUUCAGUUUGACUCUCAUCAAUCUGUUAUAGAGAUGCUGUGAUUUUCAUUCAAGGUAACUGAGCAGAAGUUGGAUAAAAAUGUCCAGUUUGAUUCCAAAAUAAAAGCCUUGCUGCAGUGAAGUGAGCCUGCUGGUGUCGACUGAAGCACUUUGACUUCAAUGAUCGGUGUUGGAAGUGAAAUUACGUCGUCAUUUUCUCCUCUGGAAUUCCUUACAUCCUGUUCCCUCUGGUUUUAACAUGCCACCGAUGAUCUGUUUCUUUAGAGUUUUUUUUUUUUUGGAUGAGUUGGGGUUUAGUGGGCAAAGAUGUAAACAUUUAAAUCUUUCUGGAGCGUGUGAAAAGAACGGGGAAUUAAAGGAUUUUUGGAUACUGUAAUCGCAUUUAUUUGUCCUUGAUGUAACAGCGGUGGUGUAUAUAAUGUAACUGUGUAAUAUAUUGUACAUUCAUUAUGCCUGGUGUGUGUGUGUGGGGGGGCUUCUCUGACUGUGUGUUAGUACAGGCCUGGGGUGUUGGCUGUUACUGACUGCCUGUGAUUUAAUACAAAGACGGGAAAAAAAAGAUAAUAUUUAUUUGAAAUGAGUUAGUACUAAAACUAAUCAGCUUUAUUAUAAACUAGAAAAGAGUAGGAUGGGAAUGAAGGAUCAUUGAGAGACACGGUUAAAUAUUUUUGAAUGCUGCUUCUGAAAGGAGCUCUUACAUUUUUUUUCUUUUUUUUUUUCUUGAGUAAUAUUUUCUCUUGAUUCUCCUGAAUAAAACUGAUUGAGUAUC